AUGGAUGAUAACAAAGAAAAAAUCGAUCCAUGGUCACCAACAAAUUAUAAACUUCAUGCCAACUUUGUACCAAACCUGGUACGACAUGAUCUUCUCGCACUCCUUUCUCCGAAAUCACAUGAACGAAUCUUGGAUUUAGGAUGUGGAGAUGGGGUGCUAACAUGUCAAAUUCAAGAAAUGUGUAAAGAAUGUAUUGGAAUUGAUAAAAGUCAAUCCAUGAUUGAGGAAGCCAAAACGAAUGGAUGUAAAAACGUAAGGGUGGUCGAUGGUGAAAAAUUGGUCGAGUGGAUUAAUCAAGAGGGCUUUAUUGGUUACUUUGACGCUGUGUUUUCAAAUGCUGCGCUUCAUUGGAUGAAGAAUCAAGAAACUGUGAUCGAAGGUAUCGCAAAGAGUCUCAAAUAUGGUGGCAGAUUUGUCGUAGAAUUGGGAAGUUCCGGGAAUGUACAAAUUGUUGAAAAGUCCUUAAUUAGGUCUUUAGAUGAACGCGGUUACAAUGGAAAAGAACUUUCACCAUGGUACUUCCCAUCAUCAGAAGAUUACAUACAACUUUUAAACAAAUAUAAAUUUAGCGUCGACUUCAUUUCUAACUUUCCAAGGCCAACAGAAUUACCAACUUCACUUGGCGGAUGGGUCGAAACAUUUGGAUUUUCCUUCUUUGCUCCUUUGAAUGAUCAUGAAAAAGAAACGGUUAAAAGUGAAAUCGAAAGGAUUUGUAAGGAUGAAGCAUAUAAUUCGGAAACUGGUAAAUGGACGAGUAAUCAUUAA